CAACCAACAAGAAGAGUCCAGUCGCCUCGACUCAACCUUUUGUGGAUUGCUAAGUGAUUCUCCUAAACACACGCUGCUUCUUACAUGCACAUAACUGUCACCCCUCCCGCUUUCACCGGGAAACUCACACAUUUUGCCUUUCUUUCUUUGCGCCCUCCCGGUUUAAUAGGUUCUGCCGGAGCAACACAACUUCCGGUCCACUCGGCAACACUCGGGAAACAUCAGGCUGUAGCCGGCAAAGUCAGGCCUUCAAAAUAAAAGAAGCACAUCAGUGGUAACAUAACACAGUUGCACCACAUCAGGUAGCUGGGUCUUUACACCUGACCCCCUCCCCCAUCACAAACAGUUUUUCUUGCAUCGGGGGUGAUGUAUGUUAGUGGAAAUAGUUGUGGAAGAUCAUAAUUUCCCUUAUUUUUCCGGAACAUUUCCCUUAUUUUACAAUGCAAAUGUUGACAGGUAUGCAUGCAUACAUAAAACUAAGCUAAAAGUCUUGAGAAGUUUAAAAAAAUAUUUGUGGCAUGAUUUUUGUUAUUAUUUUAAUCUUUCGUCAGGUGCUUUAUGGUCAGUGGUGCUGAAAGUGUUAUUUUUAUGUACAGAAAAAAAGAGAAAUAAUAUAACAUUAAAUUCUUAAAAGGCCUCUGUAUGGUAGCUUUGUCUGCAUAGAAGCUUUGAAUUUCUGCUUUUUUAAUUAUUCAUCCAUUUCUAACUGGAAACAAGCGCUAAAGCACCUACAGAUGUAGCUGUACAAUAUCUGUACAUAUCAGAAAGAACGUAAUGUUUAAUAUUUAUUAAAGUUUCAUUGCCUGUGGUAUUUUGCAAUGUGUCCGUGUGGAGUCAUUCUUGUUUUUGUGUAAAAAAAAAAAAAAAAAAAGACAAAAAACAUGGUUGACUCAUCAUUCUUGAUUUCUGACAUGGAAAAAAGAAUAUUAUGCAGUGGGAGCAGCAUUCGGGUGGAACCUUUGUCACCGGAGUUGUUGUGCCAGGAUUGUAUAGGGCGUGGACUUCUGCCAACGCCCCGGACACAAUCUGGACAAAGAAAUGAGUGCUCCAUGUCUCAUUGCUGUUAUCCACCUUUAUCCGUUCUUACAGAGAAAGCAGCAGCGAGAGAGCGUGCUCGAGGAGAAGCGCCAUCAGCCAGCUGUACAGUCUCAGCAUCACAAGAUACACAAACACUCGACUGGCGAGCAGACUACACGCUGACCUUUGAGGUUGCCAUUGCAGAAAAUAGAUCAUCAGCCAAGAUUGCCUGCAAGCAGCUAUGCGACCACGGUCCAAACUGCUCUCCAAGGGAGGACUGCUGCUGCCCACAAUCACAGAGGGCACCGAGGAGACACUGAGGGAACUGAAUGACGCUAACACGCAACAUGCCGUUGAUCACCUGUCCUCCGACGACUACCUCCUCUCCAUCUGCCACCUGGCGCACCCUACCUUCCCCACUAGCGACGUCUCAGCCAGCAACGAGCGCACACAUCGUUUGUCACGCCUCCGUGGGACUUCUGAGUUCAACUCAAGAGAGAUGGGUAAUGUCAGGGGUACGCAGCAGAGAGAGCACAAUGAAGUAUUAGGCAGCUCAGACCCUCUGGAGUAUCUUUAUGGACACCACAACAACCUCCCCAUCUGUCUGUCAAGAAGCAGGGCAGAAAGCUUUCAAAGACAGCAUGUGAGGCCCGCUCGAUCCAGAGUCCACAGCAUCCCCCACGCUGCAAACCCAGGUCUCCCACGGCAACGCAAAAGCAGCUGCCCUGAGCUACACACAGACACCAACCUCUGCACCGUUCCAAACAUCUCCCCUAAACACAGCAGACCCAAAUUGGAAGCCGGGUCGGGAAGUGUGUUGGAUGACAAAGCAGAAGAAGGGGGGCCAAACCCCAUAAAGAGGCAAUCUCUGGUCUCUCAAUGGAUAUCUGACUGCAGGUCAGCUUGGAGGGAGGGACGCAUGCGAGCCUGCAUGCUCCCCGCUAUCACUGACAUAUAGGCCGCAAAACUGAACAUUCAGUGUGAAACAUUCAUCAGUAGCUGCAAUUCCACCAUGAAUUCGACACAGACGGGGGAAAAAAUCACACUGAACUGUGCUGCUUGGUGGAAACAGCGUGACACUGGGAUUGUGUACCGUACGUGUGUUUCAGGUAUGUAUUUAUCUGAUAUUGUUUACUACUUGUAUUAUCCCGGUGAUCACGGUAAAAAAAAAAAAAAAAAAGAAAGUAAAAUCUUUUAUACCUUCCUGUGUUUUGUGAUGUAAUUAUUCACGAAUAAAACAUUUUUGAUACUCUCGUUCAACCUGGGUGAUGUCGGUGUGGUUUUUGUGUGCUCAUUUGGGGUUUAUCGCAUGUUUAAACCUUUGGAAAAUGAACUCUUGGGACGAGCUGUGCUGGUGCAAAGAGCUGGCGUUUCUAUGGUAACAAGUGUGGGAUCCAGCUCUGGUAAACACAUGUGAGAAGAAGCAGAAGCAGCGGGAGGGGAGGAGGGAACUCGACGACACUGAACAUACACCAGCAAGAUGCAUGCUGUGUUCAUGAUGCAUCAGGGCUAUGUCACAUGUAUGGUACUUCCACAAUGAGCUCAAUUUUU